AUGAGCACUUCUUGCGAUUUGUGGUCGCUGCGGAGUGUGCGAUUGCGCGUCGCCGUCGCCAUCGCACUCGCCCUCACGAUAGAGGGAUUGAUGAGGUCGAAUUUGAAUAUGGCGAUCGUUUGUAUGCUAAACAGUACGGCACUGACGGACGGAAAGCCGAUGAUCUCCUCCUCAUCGACACCAACGAAUACGUCAUUCGAUCAGUCGUGUCCGUUGCUAAAGUUUGGGACGGCGAAGAGUGUUGAACAUAAAGGCACCAUAUUCUGGACAUCACAAGAUCGAGCGGUGAUCUUUGCCUCGUUCUACGCGGGCGGACUAAUUGCUACCCUCGCUUCUGAAGUACUCAACCGAUAUAUUGGUGCGACGCGUACAGUACUCUAUGGUGGCAUUGCGAAUGUUGUCGGCACGUUUUUGACACCGUUUGUGGCGUCGCAAACCAAUUUUGGGACGUUUCCGAUUAUUCUGCUGAGAUUUGUGAUGGGAUUCGGGCAGGGAGUCCUCUGGCCGUGCAUGCUCGUCCUCGUCGCCCAAUGGUUCCCAGCCAACGAGAAGUCUACCGCCCUCGCAGUGGCUACCACUGGCAACCAACUCUCCGUAGUCAUCGCCAUGUUCGUCACGGCGGAACUCUGCCAGCUUCCAUGGGGAUGGCCGAUGGCGUUCCACGUCUAUGCGGUGUGUGGAAUCGUGAUGUGUUUCAUUUGGUACCUUGUCGUCUAUGACUCACCGUGUCAUGCUGAUGAGAAAGUGUCGAAGGAGGAGCUACAGUAUAUCACUACGGAGAGAGUUCGGCAACGACCGAUGCACCCGAACUGGUUGGCUCUUAUGAAGUCUCCGGUCGUAUGGUCUAUCGCUGCAUCUUCAUUCGCUCAUAAUUACGUGACCGUCGGAACUAUCACCUACCUUCCACUCUACUAUAAGACCGUCUUGAAUAUGAGUUUGACUUCGAACGGUGUAUUGUCUGCUGUCCCAUUCAUCCUUCAAUUCUUCUCUAAAGUUUUCUACGCUGGAAUGGCUGAUAGUGCAAAGACUCGAGGAUGGGCGUCGUUUGAUACGGUCACCAAGUUCUGUAAUUCUAGUGCCUCCUUCGGAAUCGCCCUGUGCUUCGGUCUCCUCUGCUUCUGCGACUGCUCUCAACGCCCCGCCGCCAUCUUCCUCAUCUGUAUGGCCAUGUCAUUCGUCUCCGGCUACAUCCCCGGCUACUCGACGAGCGCCGUCACCAUCGCUCCCGCCCAGACAGCCGCAAUCGCCGCGUUCUCUAGAUUCUGGGGACAAAUCGCGUCGUCGGUGGCUCCGUAUCACAUCGGCGCCUACACCAAGCAGGGAACACAUGAGGAGUGGACGAUAGUGUUCGCGAUAAUGGCUGGAAUAUGCGGUAUCACUGGAAUGUUCUUCCAUUGUUGUGGGACAGCAAGCCUUCAAGAUUGGGACUCUGAUCAUUCGAAAGCUCCAAUGGAGAUUGCUCGUGAAGAGUUGAUAGAUAGCUCGAAACUCGACGACUCUCUACGAGUGACGACUGUCGACUAA